AUGGAUGUUAUCAGCGUUGAGGAAUGGAGUAAACACGCGAAGGAGAUGAGCAAGGUGCAGCACUCCAGAGUGGAGAGGGGGGAGCAGAGCGAGUACCCAUCAAGUCUGGCACUCAUGGACAGCAGUGACCCACGCGUCCUGGCUGGCUCCCGUGCAGCCUGCGGGCACCUGCGCGGCACACGCCGAAUACCUGCUGCACUCGCCCAGCUCAAGCAUGUCCCCCGCAUCCGGCCACAGCCCAAACUUUAGAAAGAGUUCCAAGAGUCCGCUCAAAGUGCGGGAGUUGUGUCGGCUCAAGGGUUCGGUGAGCACUGAGGAAGGCAGACAUAGAGCCCCAUCCAAACCUGGCAACGGAGUCCAGAAGCAGAGGCGCCAGGCUGCCAAUGCGCGGGAGAGAAGACGGAUGCAUGGACUGAACCAUGCGUUUGACGAGCUGCGCAGUGUCAUCCCUGCUUUCGACGAUGACAAGAAGCUCUCCAAAUACGAUACCCUGCAGAUGGCCCAGAUCUACAUAAACGCGCUGGCGGACCUACUGCAGGGUCCCGGUGUUGACUCGCCAAAGUGUGACCUGUUGUCAGCCAAGGAGAGUCCCCGGGGAUCCUCCGCAUCCACCUGCCGAAGGGGCGCAGGCACGGGGCUACCGGUCCAGCUUAACGGGAUCCCAUUCCCCUUCGAAGACGGCUCGUUCUCUGCUUUGAUGGAGCAGGAGAUACGCUCUCCCUCAGGGACACCCACUUCCGGGUCGGAGAGCAGAAAAGACUCCCCCCGGUCGAACCGCAGCGACGGAGAGUUCUCCCCUCACUCUCAUUUCAGCGACUCGGAUGAGAUGCAGAUGGAGAUCCAGAGUGAAGACGAACUAUCUGAACUCAAACUUCCCAGCCAUCACUCAUUUUGA